ACCAAAACACCAACAUGACCAUCACUGUUCGCUUGGCCACAGAGGCCGACGUGGCCGGUAUCACCGAUGUCUCCAUGGAAGCCUUUGACCCUUCCACAGACGCCAUCGCAAGGCACUUGUUCCCACCACACCUACGAAAUCACGCGAAUGACUUCCGGGCCUGGUCCAUCAGCCGCAAGUCCACGCGGCUUCGGACGCCCUACACGCUCAUGAUGGUGGCUGUGGACGACACCAUUUCGGACACAACUGAAGCAGUUGUAGGCUAUUCAACUUGGAUACAGCCCGCACCGCCGGGCGAAGGCCCCGCGCGGCCCAAAACACCACCAGCGGGGAUCGACGCGGAUGCUCUGGCGCAGCUGAAGCAGGCCAUGAUGCAGGACGAAGAAGAUACAAAUAGUUUGAAUCUUCCAAGAAAGCUGUGGACCCUUGAUUCGCUGGGAGUGCGGCCAGAGCAGCAGGGCAAAGGCAUCGGGAAGAGGUUGUUAAAGGACGGCAUGGAUAGGGCAUUUGCCGAUGGAUGUGAUUGCUAUCUCAUUGCUACGCCGGCGGGGAUGCCACUAUAUCGGUCUGCUGGGUUCAAGGACGUCCGAGUCGUUCACAUCUUUGGCGAGGAGCACAUGUCGAUGAUGAAGGCACUUCCUGGGGCAGACUAAACGAUUGAUACGUAUAUAAAAACGUAAGAAAUGCGAAUGAAUUGCUAAAUAAGUGAUAAUAAGAAGUAGACCGAAACGCCGGAGGACCGCUGUCCAUCGUGUUUGCAGCAGAACCAAUUAAACUAUAAACAAAUACAGAACCCUCCCAAGUGUGAAACCAAGAUACAGAAUACAAACGCUAUGUAUGCCCUAACCAGGCAGUGCUGUAGAAAAUGAAUCUUUAUAUCAGUAUACAAGGUAUUUUUAGUCGGAGGAGUUGCUGAGCGAGAGGUACGCUGUCCAUGCAAUACCGACAGUGGACACAAACGGCUAGUAGUUGACAUGUUAGCAUUCAUUGACCGCCACAGAUUUUCUUUUCUUUUUUGAAAGAGCGAGGGCGAGACAUACCAGUUGGAACUGCACGGGCAUCAAGCGAAAGUUGAUGACCUGCACGGCGGGCCAGACGACAAAGUUGGCCUUGAGCGUAGGGAUAUACAUAUCGCGCAGCUUAUUGCUGACUGCGCGACGGCCGCCGCCCUCAGCGACAGUCAUGGCGGUAAAGAAGAGCGCAAUACCAAACGGCGCAAAGACAAACUGGUCCAUGGCCACGCGCUUGAGGGCUGGGCCAAAGGCGCUCGUCUUGGACAUGGGGAACGCAUACUCGAGAAACUUGAACCACUUGAACUGCACGGGGGCAAUGCAGAAACCGUAGCCCAUGAAGCGCGUGAGGCGCUCAAAGUCAAAAGGAGGAGGGACGCGGGGCGAGGAGGAGGGGGUGUCGUAGUGGGAUGUCUUUUCGUCGAGAUCGGUGAUUUCAAUAUCAAAGUCCUCCUUCUUGGAGGUAGCGCCGGCGCGGGAGCCGGAGCGGUGGCGGACGGCGGUGAUUGUUUGGGCGACUGUGUCUGCCAUGCCACCGAGGAUAGCGUUGGUGACCAUCAUAGUGAGGACUAUAAGAAAACAUCUGUUAGUGGAAGCUGAGCUGCAUCAUUUGGGGUGGGCAUCGUACUCGGUCGUUCCUCGUAAGAGGCGUUGAAGCGCGCGGCAAGCCUAGCUGCAAAGGCCAUUUCGAAGAGUAGAACUACUAUUUGUAUGAGGGGCUGUGGAUGCACAAAAAAAACGGUUAGUAUUCUGGGAUAAUGGUUCGGAGGGGAUAAAACAAACAAAGUAGCCCAGUAUGUAUCUGUUCUGGAGGCGGGAAGACCGGCCAUGAUUGGGUUCCCAGGACAUUUCAGAGUUGUGUAUUCGGUAGUAGAGGAUUCAGAGAUGGUCGAGCAGAUGGUGAUGGUAUUAUGGCAAUGUGCGGCGAUGCUUGGGAAGUUGACACGCGAUCUUGAAGCUGGUGGGUGUGCGGGCGCUGAAUGGGCAAACUAAUUCUGUCGAAUAUAGACCUGAUGUCCUAGAGAAGUAAAAAAGAAGCAAGAAAAGACCGACAAAAAGAAGGCAGCAAAAAAGCGAUGGCGAGAGACACAAAAUAAAAACAAAAAGGGAGAGUUUUGGCGAUGACGGUUACACGUUUUGGAGAAAAGAUG